UCUCAUGAACGUUUCUUUAACCUGCGUCUCUCGCAGCUGCUAAAUAUUCAGUGUCAUCUGAUCGGUCAUAUAAGUGCAGAGAGCAGUUGAAGUCAAAUGAUCUCCCAGAAGAACACUGUUCACAGAGAACGAGCAGAUUUGCCAGGCGUCCUGAUUUGAAGUCUUGUGAGGACACAUCAGAAAACAUUCACACUUCCUGUGAGACCGUUCUUCCCGCCCGAGUUUGGAGAAGCUUCACAACUGAAUCACAACUCAAUCAAACAGACGCGUCUUCAUCAUCGGCCGGACCUCCGCCGAUUGUAAUCUGACCUCGUCCAUAGUGGAUUCAUUCCCACUGAUGAAAUGCCUCGAUCAUUUUUAGUGAGAAGCAAGAGGGCGGGGCAUCACUCCACAAGAUUCGCCCACUCUCAGCAUCCUGACCAAUCACAAGCUCUGGAGCGGCUGCCCGGCUCCUCCUCACCUGACAGCAGCCGGCCGACCGUGUGCUGGACCGAUAACAGCACUGAUGGAGCAGGAGCCGAACACACACCAGUGAAGCAGCCCAGUGUUUAUCCGCCGGACCUGUUGUUGUCUUCUGCUGCUGUGGAGAGGCCGAGCGAUCUUGAGCGUCUGAUUCAGGCUUUACUCAGUCACCAUCAGGCGACCAACGUCCAGACGCCGCUGUGCGAGUGUCAGCUCUGUGCGAAG